GUGGGUUGUAGACUCCGUCUCAUGCUACCACUAGAGUGAAAGCACAAUUAUUUUUUUUAACCAAUCGAUUAGUCGAAAGAACAGAUGACUCUCGAUCGACCAGUAGGACAGCCGUACUGCGUAUCUUAGUGCCCAGGUAGAGCAUUUUAAUUGGUCAUUUCAACAGAAGGCUAAAAUAAGACAAUUUGCUUAUUUUCAGGUUCAGACAAAGAGGAUGGUGGCUACUGUCCUCCAUUAAAAAGAGAGAGGACUUCAUCUUUAACACAGUUCCCACCUUCACAUUCUGGGUCUAGUAAGAACAAUGUCUUCAUGCCCUCAAGUUUCUGCCAGUCUCCAACUGGGAAUUCAGAGGACUCAGAACCAGAUGAGAAGCCUGUAGGGUUUCGUUUAAAACCACCUACUCUCAUCCACGGCCAGGCGCCUAGUUCAGAUUGUGUUCCAGGCGUCCCCAGUCAGAAACCCAAGGAGCAGCAGCGCAGUGUGCUCCGGCCAGCCUUGCUCCAGGCCCCACAAGUCAAGUCCAACUCAGAGUCCACUAACGGGGUGAAGAAGUCGUCCGACGGAACGUCAGAAGGGUCGAGCAUCUUCCAGAACAAUACUGAGCACUCAGACGUCCUCGCUAAGUCACCGAAACAUGAAAGGGAGGAUGGCGCGAGCAGAGAGAAGAAUGAUUGUUCUGCAGAGUCUUCUUUCGUGUUUGGGCAAAAUAUCAAAGACAGAGCAAAGUUGGAAGAGAAUAGUAACGAUGGCAAGUUGUUACCCCUGGAUUCUCAGGAGGGAACAAACUAUUUCUUACAGUACAUCGCCACCCCCAGUUCAAAGAACGCCAUACACAAUACCGACAAGGGGGCCAAAUUUGUCUUUGGACAGAACAUGUCAGAGAGAGUCCUAAGCCCUUCCAAGGGAGGGGAGGCAUCAGUGGAAGACUGUAAAGUCUUACCAGCUCCCCCUGUGUCUGAAUCCUCUUCCAAGGAAAACAUACCAGAGAAGGGUAACAACGUGACAGAGUCACUGGAGGAAUCUGCAGCAGCGUACACCAAAGCCACAGCCAAGAAGUGCAUCUUGGAGAAGGUAGACGUCAAAACUGGAGAAGAAUCAGAAAGUAACGUUUUGCAGGUCCAGUGCAAGUUGUUUGUGUUUGACAAGACAGCCCAGACGUGGAUAGAGCGGGGUCGAGGGCUGCUCAGGCUUAAUGACAUGGCAUCCACAGACGACGGAUCACUACAAUCACGUCUAGUGAUGCGGACCCAGGGCAGCCUUAGAUUGAUCCUGAACACCAAACUGUGGCCUCAGAUGCAGGUGGACAAGGCCAGCGAGAAGAGUGUCCGUGUCACCGCCAUGGACACAGAGGACCAAGGGGUCAAGGUCUUCCUAAUAUCGGCUAGUUCUAGGGAGGACACAGGUCAGCUGGCAGCAGCGCUGCACCAUCGUAUCCUGGCCCUGAAGAGCCGGGCGGACCAGGAGCCCCAGGAGGCCCCGGCUGCAGACUGCGCCCCCGAGGCUGACUUGCCCCACUCUGAAGGGGACAGCGAUGAGGAAGAUCAGGUCAACAAUGCUGCAGUUAACUCAGAGGGAGGAGAGGCCCAGGCUGCUGGAAGCACAUAGCGUUAGUCCCCCUAAAGGAUUGCCUGCCAGGAUACUGCUACUGCUGUUUGGGCAUUUUACUGAGGGCAUCCCAACGAACACCCUAACCUGACCAACAUGGGUCCUUCAGACCAGUACUUUUGGAUACUCAGAAGUCUAGCUCCAGUUAAUUUUUUCUUUACAUUCAAUCAACAUAAAAACAUCUGGAGUUGUAUUUUUUUUUCAUUUUGUUAUAUUUUAGUUUUUUCUAUAUUUUGUUUUCUCAGCUGCAAAAAUAAAUACUUAUUUUUGCAGCUGAGACAAAUUGUUGGGUUUGGGACUUGGCUGCUCAUCAUAUUGAUGAGUGUGGGGGUGUUUUCCUCUCCAACAUUUUAAUGUAUGACUGCAGUUUCUACCUUGGGACUUUUUUACUCACUAGACCACCACCACACCUUUGGGACCCAACCAACCACCCCAGGCUCCAGAGGAACUCCUGUCUGUCACCGUAUACUGACCUGUCUUAUGGUCAGUCAUUUGACUGGUUUCUACAUCAUCCCCAUCCAUUCAGCUUUCACAUGGGGGCUGAUUCCGACCUAAGCGGGCGUAAAUGGAACGUAAUUCCCUUUUUAUGCACUUUUCUCUCUGACCUUGAACUUAAUCCACUAAUAAUUCCACCACCUUUACGCGUGAGGAAACCAUGCAUAUGGCAGAAAACUGAAGUAUAUAAAAAUGUCCCACAGUAAAGUUUAUGAAAUGCUGUGUCAUUAUGCAGAAUUUAAAUUGUACGGCCUUUUAACUUGCAGGGAUGGGCACUCAAAAGUCUUAAUUUUAGGCUACCCCAACUUUCACUGUUUCCUAUUUCUAUCAUGUUAAAUAUUAGCCACUAUCAGUAUCGACUGUCAGUAGGCCUAAUAACCACACUUAUACCAUGGCGUUGUUAAGUACUACAUUACAUUUAAGUCAUUUAGCAGACGCUUUUAUCCAGAGCGACUUACAAAUUGGGACUAGUUUCUGAAAGGCAUUCUAACGCACGGUAGAAUUCAGUGGCUAUAGUUCAUCCUUAUGUUUGAGCUGCAUUGAAAGCAAAAGUCGAAUUGAAAACAUUGGCAUUGUUGAAUUCGAUUUUCAUAAUCGCAAGCUAGGUCUGAUGGUUUGGUCUGAUGGUUAGCUAAACUAGAAAGUCUGUUUUGUUACCAAGGUAACUACCUUUGCUAUCUAGUGAAGUUCCUAGCUACCUAGAAAUGAACACAUUUCUAGAGGCAAAUGUGUUAAAUUAUUGGCAUGGUAUAAAAGGGAUAAUCAACUCGGGGCUCUAUGCUUUCUCUGGAAAAUAAUGCAACUCGUGGAAGGUCAGUUCCACUCUACUGCGUCGUGGAACACACCUUCCACGUCGUUCAUUGUUUUCCAUAGAACGCAUAGCCCCUCGUUGAUUAUCCCUUACCUAUUCGUUCUGCCAAUUUACUGUUCACUUUAGUUGUAGUCUACUUCAUAAUUUCAUUUAAUUACAUUGUUUUAUACUACCUUAAUUUGCUUCCUCUGUAAAUGCAGUCAUGGCCAUGUGGUUGUUGCUGAGGAUCGUUAGUAACAGUUGAUAAUAUAUUUUUAAAACGUGUAGGCUAAUUAAAUCAUGAUGGAGUUGAGCGCGACACAAUA